AUGUUCCGUUUUGAGCACAGCUCCAAGUCUUUCACAAGUGCAAUCUACAAGUCUUUUGUCUACGCAGAGAAGGUUUCCAAUGGGGAGAGUGAGGUACAGCAGCUGGCUAAGAAGAUCCGGGAGAAGUUUAACCGGUACCUGGACGUGGUCAAUCGCAACAAGCAGGUGGUGGAGGCAUCGUACACCGCACACCUCACCUCCCCCCUCACCGCCAUCCAGGAUUGCUGCACCAUCCCCCCCUCCAUGAUGGAGUUCGAUGGGAAUUUCAACACCAAUGUUUCAAAAACCAUCAGCUGCGACCGUCUCUCCACGGCCAUCAAUAACCGAGCAUUUAAUCCCGGCCGGGACCUGAACACUGUUCUCGCUGAUAACUUCAAAUCCAACGCGGGGAUAAAAUGGCAAUAUUUCAGCUCGGAGGAGGGAAUCUUUACCAUAUUCCCGGCUCACACCUUCCACUGCAAAACGAGUUAUGAGCAUCGCAGCAGGCCGGUUUAUGUCUCGACAGUGCGGCCUCAGGCCAAGCACAUUGUGGUGAUGGUGGAUCAUGGGGCGUCAGCCACCGACACCCAGCUCCAGAUCGCCAAGGACGCCGCCCAGGUCAUCCUCACCUCCAUCGAUGAGCACGACAAGAGAGAGACGGAGCAAUUCUGA